AUGAAGCAGCGCAGUGAAAGCCUGAAUCAGCUGGUUUUCUUCGGGAGAGAGGGAAAACCUCUGCACCAGCGCCAGCCCCCGCUGCUCCCGCGGAGAGCUUGGACGGGGAGCGCCGGGAAGCGGCGCAGGGCCAGGCGCGGGCGGCCUCCUGAGCCGCCUCUCGUGUCUCCCCACGAAGGCGGGAUAACCCUGGGGAGACCGUCCCGUGAGUGGACUGUGCAGUUCCAAGGAUCUGUACUUGAAUUGGGGGCCAUAAUACUGAAAUACAUAAUUUUUAUGUUUUAUUUCCAGGCCCCAGCUUACCAUCUCAUUUUGGAGGGCAUUCUAAUACUAUGGAUAAUCAGACUCCUUUUCUCCAAGACUUACAAGCUUCAAGAACGAUCUGAUCUAACACCCAAGGAAAAAGAAGAAUUGAUUGAAGAAUGGCAGCCAGAGCCUCUUGUUCCUCCUGUAUCAAAAGAUCACCCAGCUCUCAACUAUAACAUUGUUUCAGGUCCUCCCAUUCAUAAAAUCACUGUUAAUGGCAAGGAAUGUAUAAACUUUGCAUCAUUUAAUUUCCUUGGACUUCUGGAUAAUGAAAAGGUUAAGAAUGCAGCCCAGGCAUCCCUGAAGAAGUAUGGUGUUGGCACUUGUGGACCUAGAGGAUUCUACGGUACUUUUGAUGUGCACUUAGAAUUAGAAGAACGACUCGCAAAAUUCAUGAGAACAGAGGAAGCUAUUAUAUACUCAUAUGGAUUUGCAACGAUUGCCAGUGCUAUUCCCGCAUACUCAAAACGAGGAGAUAUUGUGUUUGUAGAUGAAGCUGCCUGCUUUGCUAUUCAGAAGGGCUUACAAGCAUCUCGUAGUAACAUCAAGUUAUUUAAACAUAAUGAUAUGGCUCACCUGGAACGACUGCUGAAAGAACAAGAGGUUGAAGAUCAAAAGAAUCCCCGCAAGGCCCGUGUAACUCGAAGGUUUAUUGUAGUGGAAGGAUUGUAUAUGAAUACAGGAGACAUCUGCCCUCUUCCAGAAUUGAUAAAACUGAAAUAUAAAUACAAAGUUAGAAUUUUUUUGGAGGAGAGCCUUUCCUUUGGAGUACUAGGGGAACAUGGGCGAGGAAUUACUGAACACUUUGGAAUAAAUAUAGAUGAUAUAGAUCUUAUCAGCGCAAACAUGGAACAUUCACUGGCUUCCACUGGAGGAUUUUGCUGUGGUAGAUCUUUUGUUAUUGAUCAUCAGCGAUUGUCUGGCCAGGGCUACUGCUUUUCUGCAUCCCUGCCUCCUUUGUUAGCUGCUGCUGCUAUUGAGGCGCUGAAUAUUAUGGAAGAUAAUCCAGGUAUUUUUCAGAUUCUUCAGGAAAAGUGCAAGCGAAUUCACAGAGCUUUACAGGGGAUUUCUGGCUUAAAGGUAGUGGGAGAAUCUUUUUCUCCAGCAUUGCACUUGCAAUUGGAAGAGAGCUGUGGAUCUCGAGAAAAUGAUGUGAAGUUGCUGAAAAGAGUUGUAGAUUAUUGCAUGAAUAAUGGUAUUGCAUUAACUCAGGCACGCUAUCUAGAGAAAGAAGAAAAGCGUCUUCCUCCACCGAGUAUUCGAGUAGUGGUAACAGUGGAGCAAACAGAACAAGAACUGGACAAAGCUGCAUCACUUAUUAAGGAAGCUGCACAGUCUGUGCUGAAUUAG